CAUACCAUGUUGUUAUUCAGUCGGUUCUAUCGGCAUCGACUGCAUCCAUAUUUUGCACACAUCUGAUAUUAGGGCUUUAAACGCGGAUAUUUAAUAUCACAUAUUGAAAUGGCCACUCUCGCUCGUACCUUACGUCCUUACCUAAGAUGCAUCCAGAACCAAAGAAGAACCUAUGCAGAAGUUGCCAGUGACCAAAUGAAGUUUACAUUUGCUGGUGCUAAUCAGGUAUUCUAUGAUCAAGCUGCGAUUCGUCAAGUCGAUGUACCUUCCUUCUCAGGUGCAUUUGGCAUUUUACCAAAACAUGUUCCUACACUGGCAGUGUUAAAACCUGGAGUAGUUACAGUAUAUGAAGAAGAUGGUUCGACAAAGAAAGUUUUUGUCUCAUCUGGCACAGUCACCAUAAAUGAAGACAACAGUGUACAGAUUUUAGCAGAAGAAGCUCAUCCAGUAGAAAAUAUUGAUAGUUCAGCAGCAAGAGAUAUCCUUACUAAGGCUCAGCAACAGCUUUCCUCGGCAACAACAGAUAAAGACAAAGCUGAAGCAGCUAUUGCGGUUGAAGUUGGGGAAGCUCUUGUGCAAGCUGCACAAUAAAUAUUAUAAGUAAUAUUAUAUACACAUUCACUAAAAGUUUUAGGAGAAAGCAUGUGUUCGACACAUCUUCAUCAUAAUAGCUGUAUAACAAUGUGGCAAAAAUAAAAAUAUAUUAAGUCA